CGCAAGCUGGCCCGCCUGGGGCUGGUGCGCGCCCUGCGCCUGGGCCAGAGGUUCGGCGGCCUCGUGCUCAGCCCGGUGGGCGCCCAGUACGUGUCCCCGGCGGACAGGCAGCUGGUGGCACAGGCGGGGGUCGCCGUCAUCGACUGCUCCUGGGCCAGACUGGAUGACACGCCCUUUGGGAAGAUGCGGGGCAGCCACUUGCGGCUGCUGCCCCACCUGGUGGCCGCCAACCCUGUGAACUACGGCCGGCCCUGCAAGCUGUCCUGCGUGGAGGCCUUUGCCGCCACCUUCUGCAUCCUGGGCUUUCCUGACCUGGCUGCAGUUUUGCUGCACAAGUUCAAGUGGGGCCCGGGCUUCCUGGACCUGAACCGCCAGCUCCUGGACGCCUACGCCGCCUGCGGGGGCCCCGAGGAGGUGCUGCAGGCCGAGCAGGAGUUCCUGGCCCGCGCCGGGGAGCGCCCUGAGGAGGACGUGGACCUUUUUGACGUGGACUCAGGACGGGAUUUUGCCAACCCCAACAGGCCCGUGGCUGGCCCCCGGCUUCCCCCAGGCAGCAGCGACAGUGACAGCGAGGACGGGGCUGAGGGCCCUGGGCCUGAUGCCGAAGAUGGGGGGGACAGCGGUCGCUGCCCCACAGAGGGAGGACCUGCAGCCGCGGGAGCCGACCCCCCGGAGCCCAAAGGGGAAUCAGGAUGCGGCCGAGACUGAGCGUGGAGAUGUGUAUUUUCCGGCGAGGCAGCGGGCACAGACACUGCGGCGGGCGGGGGUGCGGGUGCUGCGGGCCCCAAUGAAGCUGCA